GCCUGCUUCACACUUCAGACACCUCCUUUUCACUCUAUCCGUCUGCAGUCGCUAUCAUGGCCCCCACAGAAUCCAAAAAGCGCCUAGCUCUGGCCAUCAUUGACUUCCUGGGCGCCAGCUUAAAAGAUGGCACCCUGACAGCUGAUGAUGCGGAGUCUAUCGAAAUUGCCCAGUCCUGUAUUGCAGAUACCUUCAAGGUCGACCCGAACGACGAAACUGCCGUGAAGGAUGCUGUUGGCGGACAGUCUCUGGCCAGCAUUUACAGCGUGUACGAGAAACUGCGGGGCAAGUCUGCAGGCUCGACAGCGUCUGCUCCUGCUGAAGCACCGCAGGAAAAGAAAACAGCAGAACCCGAGCGUAAACCUGGCGCUCCCACUCCCGAGUCCGAUAAGCUCAAGUCCUCCGGAAAUGCCGCUAUGGGUCGCAAGGAAUACCCAACCGCCAUCGAACUCUAUACCCAAGCCUUGUCGAUUGCUCCCGAAAACCCCAUCUACCUUUCCAACCGAGCCGCUGCCUACUCGGCAUCUGGGCAACACAGCAAGGCAGCCGAAGAUGCCGAGCUUGCCGUCCGUGUGGACCCCAAGUACUCCAAGGCAUGGAGCCGUUUGGGUCUUGCUAGGUUCGACUUGGGAGACUACAAGGGAGCAGUGGAAGCUUACGAAAAUGGUAUUGAGGCAGAGGGUAGCGGUGGUAGUGACGCGAUGAAGAGAGGUCUCGAGACGUCCAAGGCAAAGUUGGCUGAGUCUGGAGCCCCUGCUGAAGCUCCCCGCGGUGCUGGCGGCCCUGGUGGACUGCCGGACUUGUCUUCCUUAGCGAACAUACUGGGCGGUGGUCAAGGAGGUGCUGGAGGGGGUGGCAUGCCCGACCUCGGUUCCAUUAUGAAUAACCCCAUGUUCGCAAAUGUGGCUCGGAACUUAAUGAGCAACCCUGACAUGAUGAACAACAUCAUGAACAAUCCGCAACUGAGACAGAUGGCCGACAGCUUCGGCAGAGGUGGCGGUAUGCCUGAUAUGUCUGCCUUGAUGAACGAUCCCAAUAUUGCUGAGAUGGCUCGGAAUCUAAUGGGUGGCGGCGCUGGUGGGCAAGGAAGGUGAUAAGAAUCAGUCAGGUUGUCUUUGAGGAUCAAAAAAUUUUUUUCCUGAAAAUCUAGCAAUGCGUCUUCCAAUUUACAAUAGGUGACCGUUUGUUUCCUCUUCCUCGUUUUCUUAUAAUAAUCUUGGUACCCAACAGAAUCACAAUGAUAACAAGCUGGAUCCUAG